CUCAGGUUUUAGUUUCCGCAUCGGACGGAGUUUGAGGUUUCACUAUUAGGAAGUGGCCAGCUGAAUAUUGUCUGAGCAAUCCACAUUUUAAGCUACUUUUUAGUGCAGUUCAGUAACAGCUGUAUAUUAUUACAAUUAAAACAUGUCAUCGGAUUUCGAAACAUACGAGCAGGAUUUUGGAACGUUGACAGCUGAAGUCACUAGCAGAAUUGGGAAGAUUCCCAAAUUAGCAGGAGAUGAGAAGAAACAAAUGGUGGUCGGUGUUGAGAAACAACUUGAAGAAUCUAGAGAACUGCUUGAGCAGAUGGAUCUUGAAGUAAGAGAGAUUCCAGUCCAGAGUCGAGGCAUGUACAAUAACAGACUGAAAAGUUACAAGCAGGAACUUGAAAAACUGGAGAAAGACUUUAAAAGGUCACGUAUCGCCUACAGUGACGAAGUGCGGAAUGAGCUCCUAGGGGAUGAUGGGAAUUCCUCAGAGAGUCAGUUGAUAAAGUUACGUGAAGAGCGAGCACAUCUGUUGGAUAACACAGAGAGGCUGGAAAGGUCAUCUCGAAGACUAGAAGCUGGGUACCAGAUAGCAGUAGAAACGGAGCAAGUGGGCCAAGAAAUUCUAGAAAACCUGCACCAUGACAGAGAGAAAAUACAGCGAUCCAGGGAUAGGCUUCGUGAAACUGAUGCUAAUCUGGGAAAAAGCUCAAGGAUUCUAACAGGAAUGAUGCGAAGGUAAGAACCAGGAUCAUCCAGAAUCGGAUCUUGAUGUUUAUUCUGGGCGCUAUCAUCCUCUUCACCAUUGUGCUGGCUAUUUAUUUUUCUGUCAGAGGACACUGAUUCUUCUCAACUCCUGGCAUGAUUAAUAGUGACAAAGCAUUCGUUCAGAGUAAUUAGGACAAAUUGAUCACAUGAAUCAUUUUCUUGCACUGACAGAACUCUCCUCCGAAGAACACAUUGACUCAGGUGCAAGUAGUGUACAAGAGGUUUUAGGGUAUUUUAUUUUUUUUGCAUGGAUUUUUCUGUCUCCCCUUUGUAGGAACAAUUGUUUGGGGUUUUAUGGCGUGCUGAAUUUAGCGGGAAGAUAUGCGGCAAUGUGGAGACUUCUUUUCAUCUGUCUUUCUUGUGUUUGCUCUUCCUGUAUGUUUUAGUCUUCAAUGUCAAUGCACAGUUUGAUUUAAAAUAACACUCACAACGUGUGCGCUGUAUAGAAUGCGGUAUAUAAUGUGUGCUCCUCUGUUUCUUGAACGAACGUGAGAUCUGGCUAACACGUGGAUCUAGUUAUCAAUAAAUGAAGUGGCUUACGUUGUAAUCUUGGCUUUAAUCCUUUUGAAAUGUAAAAAGUUAUUUCCUUCUAUGUGUGUAACAUUAUUCUGGAUGUGCAUUGUUGAUCUAGUCCUGUAACACAAUAAUAAAUGUCAGUUUUGUUUUUGUUUAAA